AUGUCCGACUCCUCAGCGACAAAACCGUCGGGCUCCGAGGGAUUCGCCAAACCCAUCCCCUCCGCAACACCCAUCUCCGACCUCCACCAACCCAACCGCUUCAUCACCGGCCACAACGCCGCCGGCCAAGCAAUCGUGCACACCCAGAACCCUUUCCCCUGGGCCUCCUACGACAACAACAACCUCGCCUUCUCCGUGGCCUACACCACCUCCACCUUCCCAGCCGACCUCAACAACGACGCCGACAUCACCGCCCACAAGGAGGUGCUCGCUUCGGGCCAGUUGGGGCUUGUCAACCCGGGCGGCACCGUCCUCCGUUGCGUGGACUUUGCCCCUGGAUACGCGUGCGGCAUGCACCGCACGCAGAGUUUGGAUUAUGGUAUCGUGAUGGAGGGAGAGGUGGACAUGGUGCUGGACGGUGGGGAGCGGCAUGUGAUGAAACGCGGAGAUGUGGCCGUGCAGCGGGCGACGCAGCACCAGUGGGUGAACCGAAGUGCGACGCAGUGGGCGCGCAUGAUGUUUGUGUUGCAGGAUUGUCAGAUGGUGGUGGUGGAUGGGAAGGAGUUGGGUGAGGAUUUGGGGACUAAUAGUGGGCUGCCUGAGAGUCGGAAGUCGGGGAACUAA